UAUUAGUUGCAUUUUUUAUUCCGCGCCGGUUAGAUCGACACUUACAUUGUGCUCCAGAGUCAAAGGCAGUUACUAAAAGCGCGCUCGGUAGCAUUUAGUAACGAGUGAUUAAUCGAUCAGAGGGUAACCAGAGAAGUGCAGGUGGACCAAAGUGGAUGACAGGUGGAAUUUAGCUAAAUGUGAAGAUCAUCCCUGAAGCAAUUAUGAAGCAACUGAUUCUGAUAUUACUGCUGGCGUUGACUAUCAGAUGCAGUCAGCAGAAAACGUCACCAUGUCCCGCUGUCUUCAGUUACGAUGAGAAGGAAGACACUUCGGACACGUGGUAUGGUACUUUAAAACUGAAAACCAACGUCCCGCUGCAUGGAAUUUUCAUUGAUGUGAUUUUCGAUGGACAAGUUUACGUAUUCGGGGCAUACUUCAAGGAUGUUACUACCAAGGACAACCUGCGGUUUCACAUUGAAGAUAAGACAUACCGCUUGAACGCUGGCGAAACAUUGAUAUUGAAAUUCUACGUGAAGCAUUCGGAGUACGGGCGAUCUCCAGGACUGCGACAGGUUCGCUUCAAUGGACAGAAUAUCUGUGUAGAUAUUCCAACCGUGAGACCUGCUACUGCUGAUCGGCACCAGAUCAAACCUAUUGUGGUUAGUCCGUACGAAAAGCCGAUCGUGUACCCAGAAGAUCCGAUAAGGCGAGAAAAUGGUCCCAAUAGCCGUGAUAAUUUGCAUGAAAUAACAGCCCAUUCAGUUCAAGCAAUCAAUUCUGUACAAUAUGAGUCUGAAACUAACAUUCCUGCUAACUACUCUCACCCUACCUUAAAUGUGAAUCCCAAAUCAGAGAUUCGUGAUGACUUUUCUAAAGUGGAAACAAGAUUUUCAGAAUCUUCUAACUCGUCAACCGGAAUUAAUAGGCACAACAGUAGACCUACUUCCGUAGGAACCAGUCACGAAGAAUACGACCCAAUUCAGGAUCCAACUAUUUGGAGGAAACCCUCGACGGAAACCUCAACAUCCAGAGCAGUUCGUCAACCGGCUCCCAGCUAUGAAAACUCCAAUGACAACAGCUACUACGCGAACACCAGAACUUCAACUCCCAAAAACAAUCGUCACACCACCGAGCGUACAACAACCACGGAGUCUUCCUAUUACCAAGGUGACCAUCGACAGUACAAUUCGAGAAGCACAACGAAAAAGCCAUCCUACUUCCAGGGAGACUACGCAUUCAUUCAACCAGUUGAAACUUCAACACACUACAUCAACUCCUACGACAACGACAUUUGCGGUACAGUGGUACCCAAAGCGAAUCCCCUGGUAGUCCAUGGUAGCGCUGCCCAGCAUGCCCAGUUCCCGUGGCAUGGGGCGCUGUAUCGUUCGUCCGUUACCGAGCUUCGGUAUCUCUGCGGAUCGACGCUAAUAUCUACCCGACUAGCUCUAACCGCGGCCCAUUGCGUGGCCCUCGAGAAAAGUCGUCGUCCGAUAGACGCGGACAGUCUGCUGAUCUACUUGGGCAAGACCAACCUGAAAAAGUGGAACGGCCCUGAACAGGACGCCAAGGUUGAGCGUAUUCUCAUCCAUCCGGACUACAAUUAUGAGCGAUUUUUUGCCGAUGUCGCGCUGCUACAGCUGAAAUCGGACGUCAAAUAUGACAACUUCGUUCGGCCCGCUUGCCUGUGGAAUUUCGACGAAGACUACAAAGUCUUGAUCAACAAGAUCGGAUUCGUUCCCGGCUGGGGAUACAAUGAACGUGGAUUGGUCAGUGAGGAGCUGUCGUUUGCGCAGAUGCCUGUGGUUGCGCACGAGACGUGCAUAUGGUCCAACCGAGACUUCUUCAGCAAAGUUACGUCGAACACGUCAUACUGUGCCGGAUUUAGGAAUGGAACUUCCGUUUGCAAUGGGGACAGCGGUGGUGGGAUGGUUUUCAAACAGAGCAACCGAUGGUACCUUCGGGGCAUCGUUUCGGUGAGCGCAGCACUGCAAGACAAGAUUACAUGCGAUCCCAACCACUAUGCGGUAUUCACUGAUGUUGCCAAAUUCUUGCGAUGGAUCAAGAGUUAUAUGUAAAUUGAUCCACAUGAAUUAGUUAGGAAAAUAUACGUUUCCGAUACUUA